UGGCCAACAGAAGAAUUUCAUUGGGCCACCAUCAGUAAAUUUUUUCUUUUUUAAAGACUAUUUUAAAUACUUGUUGUGUCUUCCAUCUUCUUCUUCUUCUUCAUCUUCUCUUUCAUCAUUUUCAUCAUCUUUUUUUGUUCUUUCUCUUCUUUCACCUUUCACCUUGUAACUCAGAGAUUGUUUCUUUUAACUUGUUUGGGUCAAAAUGGCCGCUGCCAAAGCUGUUGUUAUUCCACCAAGAACACCCAUGAAAAUUAUCGAUGUUCUUACACAGGCUAAAUCAUGGAAAUUAUCUGCUUUUUUCUCCUUUGGCUCGGAAGCUCGUAUUGACAAUGUCAUCUUUAGUCUUCAUUCAACUGUAACGGUUACCAUUCUUACCAUUUGUAUGGUUUUUGUGGGGAUGAAACAAUAUUUCGGUGAACCCAUUGAGUGUUUGAAUACUUUGAAUAACUCAGGUCCAUCUUCACUUACUCAUGCUCAACUUCAACACUAUUGUUGGAUGGAAGGUGCUUUCACUGUUGCCAACCGUUAUACUGGUACCGGUGAUGGGGGAGUUGGUGCACAUGAAAUCACUGGUCAAGAUAAUUCAUAUCCCGGGGUGAAAAAUUAUAAACCUCAUAAAGGAGAUUCAAAAGUGCUACACAAAUACUAUCAGUGGGUUUAUUACAUUCUCUGUAUUCAGUGCUUGUUAUUUUAUUCACCUAAACAUAUAUGGAGAAUGAGAGAGGGAGGUCGUCUACGCGAGCUUAUCAACAAGAUCAGAAGCAAGAAUAUUCUACAAUAUGAAGGUCUUGACCGCUAUCAAAUUGUCCAAGACACUUUGGAUGUCAUGUUAACAGCGAAUCAAUAUUUCUCAUGGAUUUUAUUUGCAGAAGUCAUGUAUCUUAUUCACUUGAUUUGUGAGAUAUUUUUUAUUCAUGCUUUUCUUGGGGGUAAAUUUUUAUUCCUUGGUUUCCAAUGGAUCCAUUAUGCUCUUAACUCUGAAGAUGGUAAUCACGAUCCAUUGAUACGAUUAUUUCCACGUUUGACCAAAUGUUCCUUCCAUAAAUUUGGAGUAACCGGAUCGAUUGAAACCUAUGAUACUCUCUGUUUUAUGCCGCUCAACAUCGUGAAUGAGAAAAUUUUUGUGGUUCUAUGGUUUUGGUUCCUUAUCCUUCUCUUUGUCACUUUGUACCAUCUCUUUGUCUACAGAGCGGCAUUCAUAAUGUUUCCAUGGUGCCGAAGAAAGUGUCUCCAAUCUCUUUCUCCAACAACCGACAAAGGAUUUGUCAAGAAAAUAUCUAAAAGUCCAGGUCGAUGUUUCGUUGUCCAACUGCUUGCUUCCAAUAUGAAACCAUACGCUUUUCGUGAUUUACUCCAUCAAGUUUUGAAAGAUCAUUUCAACACCAAAAAUUAUCGUCUUGACAGCAAAGUAUCAAUGAACGAUUUCAUCGUCGAUGGCAAGGUACCCGAAUCAAAGAAUCAACCAUCAGCACCACUAAUCAAACCUCCCGAACCUGGAUUCAAGAAAGCGACAGAGAAAAGUUCUGAAGAUUCUGGAGUUGAAAAUAAUGGAGAAAGUUCAAGCUCAAGUUCAAAUACCAAUUCAAAUGUUGAUGACCCAUGGGCACCGGCGGAUAUUACAUCAAAUACUAACACCGAUUCCAAAAAAGACACUUGGGAUUGGUAGUAAUUUCAACAAUCAAAUCAUAAUUAUUAAUUUCAAUCAUCUAUCCAUAUAUACUCUCCAUCACUUAGUCUUAAUUCCUAAGAAAUUUGUAACAGUUAUUUUUUUCUCUUUGACAUUUAUUUUCAUAAUUUUCUCUUGUUUAUUUAUUUCCAAUCUUUUCUUAACUAGAUGGACAUAUUGUGAGAUAAAAAUCACAAUAACUUAAGUAUUAAAUUGCUCAAAAUUUUUUUAAUCCAUUUGAUAAUCACAAAAAGUUUGAUGAUGCAAACUAAAAUUUCCAAUGUCUAAAUUGUUACAAACAUUUGAUCUCUCACAAUGAAGAAAUUAAAAAAUCCUAAUUAAAGAAUUAAAAACAAA